AUGAAAAAAAAUAUGGUUGAAUAUAAUAUGCCUGAAGAAAGUGAAUAUAAAGAAGAGUGUAUAUUCACAUCAAUUGAUAUUUUUAAUGGAGACUAUAACUAUUUAAAUUUCCAUUAUAUAUGCGAGAUAAUAUUUGAUGAUUUUAGUUUUAUAUCUCCAUAUCAUUGUUACUUUUUUUUACGUAAUCAGUAUGAACCUUUAGAAAAUAUAAAAAAUAAUUAUUUACAAAAUACAGGAAAUAGUAUAUCUAAUCAUGACUAUUUAAAAGUGAUUCGUGAAAAAAAAUCCAUAGAACUGUUUGAAAAUAAACGGGCACUUUAUUAUAGCCAAAAUGAAUUACCAAGUUCAAAUCGGAGAGCUUUGAAUGCAAUAGCUGAUGUUAUAAAUGGAUUAGCAAUUGAAGAUUUGAUAGCUAUUUCGGUCUAUUUAGGCGAGAACCCGGAAUGGAAUAAGCACAAACUUACGUGGAUGGAGAUGAUGCAAAGAGACAAAUUCCGUAGGUAUCAAAAAAUUCGAGAAAAUUUAGGGAGUACAGAAAAAAGAGAAAUAAUAUAUAAGGUAAAGGGUGAAGAAUUUGAUAAGAUAGAAAAUAAAAACAUGAUUAAAGAUAUAUAUUAUUUUGGAGUGUUUGAAAGAAAAGGACAAAAUAAUUUAGGUAGAAUAUAUAUGAAUAUAAGAAAUGAUAUAAUAAAUAAUAAUGAAAUAUAUUCAUGGGUAUUAACUAAUUGUAAUUUACAAACAGACAAAAAUUUAAUUGCUGAUAUUAUUAUUGAAGAAAAAUAUCUUGAAAGAACUAUAAUUGAUAAUAUUCAAACUGAUGAAAUAUAUACAAAAAAAAAUGAAAAUAUAAAUGAUUAUAUAAAAACAGAAGAGAAAAUACAAAAUUAUUCUUUUACUUCAAAAGAAUUUAUAUCAUUUGGAAAAAAUUCUAAUAAUGAUAUUAUUUGUUUAAAUCCAUCUAUUUCGAGAUUUCAUUGUAUUUUAUAUUUUUCAAAAGAUUUUCAUCUUUAUUUAAUAGAUGUUGGAUCUAAAUCCAGAACAAAAUUAAAUAAUAAUGUUAUAAAAAUAAAUGAAAAAUAUAAAAUUGAAAAUAAUGAUGUUAUUAUUUUAGGUGUGUCUAAAAGGACAUAUAAAAUUAAUAUACAAAUUGAUAAAGUUUUAUCAUAUCUUGAUACUAAAAAAAAUGAAGCUCAAAAAAAAUUAAAAGUAAUCAAUGAAGAAAUAGAGCACCCUAUGAAAAAUAAAAAUUUAUUAAAGUUAAAAGUUUCAAACAUUUAUUAUAAAUGCAAUGAAAAUGAUAUUCUAGACUUCUUUAAAGAUUGUGGUGAAAUUAAAAAUAUGCACAUGUACAAUGUUCCGAUUAUAAAUAAAGAAGAGGGUGUUGAAAAUGGAAAUAAUAAUAAAGAUGAUUCUAAUAAAUCGAAAAAAAAAAAAUUCUUGAAACAAGCAAUAAUAGAAGUAUAUGACAAAAAUACAUCUGCUAAUAUUAUCAAAAAAAAUGAUUCUUUUUUAUAUGGAAGAAAAAUUCAUAUAGAAUAUCAGUCAUUCCACCAGAAUAAAUAUAGAGAUAACAACUUUAAUACAAAAAAAAAAUUUGAAAAUUUCGAUAUUCAAGUUACGUGUAAAAAUAGUAAAUAUGAUGGGGAGAAAAUUAUCAUAAAGGGUGAAAAUUCCAGAUAUAAAAAAUUUAAGAGAAAUGAAUCUGGGGAAUAUCAAAGGGGUGAGGAAAGGAAAAUGGAAAGAAGAGGGCAUAUGAAUAGACAAAGUGAAGAAAGGGAAAUAAGCAGAAGCAAAAGAAAUCAAAGGAGAGGCGGGCGAAAUAGAAGUAGUAGUAGUGAGCAAAGCGACAGUAGUAGGGGAGAACGAAAUAGAAGAGGCCGGAUUGAUCGAAGCAGCAGUAGUCGAAGCAAACGAAGUAGCAGUAGUAGGAGAGAACGAAGUAGCAGUAGUAGGAGAGAACGAAGUAGCAGUAGUAGGAGAGAACGAAGUAGCAGUAGUAGGAGAGAACGAAGUAGCAGUAGUAGGAGAGAACGAAGUAGCAGUAGUAGAACCAAACGAAGCAGCAGUAGUAGGAGCGAAAAAGGUAGGAGAUCAAGGGAUGGUAAAAAAAGGCACAAUAAAUAUAGUAGUCGUUAUAGCAUUGAAAGUCAAGACUCCCAUAAAAGAUACCCCAAAAAAAAAUAA